CUACGUGAUGACGUAGCACGUUUCGUAAACAUGACGCCAUUGCGCUCCGGCUCUGCUAACUGCUAGCUCAGCUGCUCUUCUUGCUUGUUGUUGUUGAUUUUUCUAGUGGACACUGACUAAAAACGCCCGCAAAGACACUUGACGGGUCGUCGGCGUCCCCCCGAGCAUCCGCGUGUCGGUAACGGGCCGUGGCCAUGGCGCUGCAGGGCUCCGAGGAGAUGGGAGAGCCGGUCGAAGAGCCUGAGGAUCUGGAUGACCAGGACGCUGUUAGCAUCUCUCCGGCAGAGGAGAUAACUCUGCCCCCCGGGCCCGGAAGCGACGAUAGGUCGGAGCAGGCGGCUCUGCUGCCAUGGGACCGCUUCUCUGCCUGGCUGCACUGCAUCUGCGUGGUCGGCUUCGACCUGGAGCUCGGACAGGCGGUGGAGGUCAUUUAUCCACAUCAUUCUAAACUCUCAGAGAAAGAGAAAAUAAGCAUCUGCUACCUGUCCUUUCCUGAUUCAAACUCAGGUUGCCUUGGUGACACACAGUUCUGCUUCCGCUUUCGACAAGGCUCCAACAGGAAGUCGUCACAGGGAUGCUUCCUGGAAAUUGCCGACCGAGAUGCUCCGCCCUGCCUGAAGCGGGAACAAGGCCAUUACUACGGUUACGUGUACUUUCGCCAGGUGAGAGACAAAUCUCUGAAGAGAGGAUACUUCCAGAAGUCACUGGUCCUCAUCAGUAAGCUGCCCUAUGUGACCUUCUUUCACUGCCUGCUGAAGAUCAUGGCUCCAGAAUACUUUGAAAAACAGGAACCCUGUCUAGAAGCCGCUUGUAACGACAUUGACCGCUGGCCUACGCCUCAUCCUGGACGAAUCCUCACGCUGCCUAUUAUGGGCGUUGUCAUCAAGGUUCGAAUCCCAACUUGCUAUGAUAAACCAGGAACCUCUCAGCUAGUCCAGUCCGCUCAGGGUGACAGUCUGGUGUCCAUUGUUCUCCCAACCAUCCAUGAGGUGGACCUCUUCAGGUGUUUCCAUCCCGUCUUCUUCCACAUUCAGAUGCUCUGGGAGCUGGUGUUGCUGGGAGAGGCCCUGGUGGUCAUGGCGCCGUCGCCUGCAGAGUCCUCGGACACGGUUCUGGCAUUGGUCAGCUGCAUCUCUCCUUUGCGCUACUGCAGCGACUUCCGGCCUUACUUCACCAUCCAUGACAGCGAGUUUAAGGAGUACACGACCAGGACGCAGGCUCCGCCGUCCGUCAUCUUAGGCGUCACCAAUCCCUUCUUUGCUAAAACUCUGCAGCACUGGCCGCACAUCAUCCGCAUCGGAGACAUGAAGCAAGCAGGAGAACUGGCAAAGCAGAUGAAAGUCAAGAAGCUUAAAAACCUGAAAACUCUGGACUCUAAACCUGGUGUUUAUACUGCAUACAAGCCAUACCUCAACAAGGAUGAGGAAAUCAUCAAGCAGCUGCAGAAGGGAGUUCAACAGAAGAGACCCUCAGCAGCCCAGAAUGCAAUUCUGCGGCGCUACUUCCUGGAGCUGACGCAGAGCUUCAUAAUUCCUCUGGAGCGUUACGUGGCCAGCCUGAUGCCCUUGCAGAAGUCCAUCAGUCCGUGGAAAAGUCCUCCUCAGCUGCGGCCCUUCAACCAGCAGGACUUCAUGAAGACGCUGGAGAAAGCUGGACCCCAGCUCACGUCCAGACUGAAGGGAGACUGGAUCGGACUCUACAGAUGUUUCCUUAAGUCCCCCAAUUUUGACGGCUGGUUCCGCAGCAGGAGGAAGGAGAUGACCCAGAAGCUGGAGGCUCUUCACCUGGAGGCCCUCUGUGAGGAGGAUCUGCAGCAGAGGAUCCAGAAGCACACCGAGGUGGAGGCAGUGGACCUGGUUCUGAAGUUGAAGGACAAACUGACUCAGGCGGAGCGGGAGCAGCUCCCCCUGCAGCCCGGUACCCUGGCCAAACUGCGGAGCCACAUCGAGGCGGUGAUCCAGGCCUUACCUGAAGACCUGCAGGGCAUCCUGCACAAGCCCCCCACACCCUGACCCGCACCCCCUGGCACACAACACUAACCCCGCUCUGAGCUUGUUUUAGAGUUUGAGGGGGCCCUGGAAUCUUUUUGUGGUUCCUCAUGAGGUUUGCUCUGGAGUAACAUGGAAGCACAAGACGUGGAUUCAGCUUCGGUUCUGAUGCUGGUGACCCAUGUUAACCUGAAGCCAGUAGGGCGGACCUGACAGAACCUGCAGGACCAGAACUCAGACACAAAGAGGACGGCGUGAUGCACUCAUGCAGCCACAAACACAACAGGAGGGGGGGUUCUGACCUGUUUUUAUUCCUGGGUUUCUACGGUUCUGGCUGACCCAGCAGAACUUUCAUGGGUUCUGACACAAGUGCACUUGUGGACUUUCACUUUAUGCAAUGAGCCGAGCAGUUCUUUCUGCUGCAUUUCAGCACCAGCGUUUCUCCUGCAGGUUCCCCAUCACAGUGGGGGGGUCCGGGGGGUUCCGAACGUAAACCCGGUUUGUAAAACCAUUCAAACUGCUGAGGAAAAAGCUGAGGAAACAAAAAAAAAAACAAAGAUCCACAGAACCGGUUUGCCUGUGGGGAAAAGUUCUACGUCUUUCAAGCUCUAAAGUGUCUUAAUGUCACUCAAAGCAGACCCCCCAUCAUGACCUCCAUUAACCUCUUAAAGGCAGAGGUUCUCUGACUGUCUUCACAUGAUGUAAUGCAAACCAAACUCUUCAAUGAAGCAUCAUACGACCCCCCCAGUUCUAAUGAACAGAACCUGCUUCUUUUAAUGAUGUUUUAUGUUGUUUUAACCAGAAGUUGACCAGAACCCAAAUCUGCUGAAGCUUUUGUCAAAAACAAAAAUGUAAAUUACAAUAUUUGUCUCUGAGUGCGGCAAGACUCCAGUUCUGAACCAAAUGUCUGCAGCUGCUGAGGUUUUGACCCAAAUUUCUUAAGAUUUUCCAGAGCAGAUUCAGUGUUUUGUUGUUUCUUCAGCACCAUCAGAAGAAAAAACAAAGUUCUGAUAUGAAUCUGAGUCAAUGACCAUCAGUUUGAGUUCCACUGAAAGGUUUCUAACCUGCUGAGAUCUUCAGUUCUGAGGAACGAUUAGUGGUAAAAGUUUCUUAGCAAUAACAGAAUUCAUGAAAAAUAAAGAACAAUUCUGGAUCUUUAAACUUUUCA